AUGGCAACCAGUCUCGUACCCACCAGCGAUCUCGAGCGCAGAUACAGAGAUCUGAGCCCAGGUCUUGCUUUGUACCCAGGUGGUAGCUUUGGCGAUCAUGAAAGUCUUCUCAGAGAUCGGGAUUACGCCCCCUCGAUCACCCACGGAGGACUUCCACGUUACUGGUGGAGGCAACUUGCAGUGGAUACAGACAAAGUGGUGUGGAUGGAGGACGAAAAGGUGAUCCAUAUGACGACACGUAAGGCAUGGGAACGAAUCAUGAAGUUUCGUCGCGAUUUUCUGGCCGAGAGAAAACAUACCGACUGGCACCAGAGACUAGGCUAUGACGUUCUACUAGGAUCGUUCGAACGACCGCAAAGAAGAUACUUCGACGAGAGGCCGUCAAAUAUCAUCCUGGCACCAGUGGUCGAUGCUAAGGCAUGGAAGAAACAUUUCACCAAGAUACCAAAGCCUGCAUCGGGAACAACACGCCAAUAUGAGCACUGGAGAAUACGAAGCGACCGAAAUCUGUGGAACCACUUGCGCAACAAUCGCAGAAUCAACCGGAAUGGCAAAAUGCUGGUACUCAAAGUCACUGCUCUCGAGUUUCUCAAGUUCUCACUCAGAAGGAAUGAUCCACUGUUCGAGGAGUUUGAUUAUCGCUGCCCUUUGAGUUUGUUUGAGAACGAGACGAAAGCUGCUCAGGCUCAACCUUUGUUUCGCGAAUUGCUCAAGACCACACCGCGUGCUUUGACUCCACUACGACGCCGUCCAAUACGAAGGAUGCGAUCCGAUUCACCAUCUACUAUGAGUUCUCCAGAGCUACCACCCCUAUCAGACUUUGGUCGAAGUUCUUCACUUCCACAGAAGAUUGUCGAUGUCAACCUUGACGACUUCUGGUUGAAUUGA